AUGGGUGUUUUCAUUCCACAUUCCAAGCUUGAAAAUUUGAAGGCCUAUAAGUACCAAAGUGAAGACCGUUCUUUGGUUACGAAAUACAUUCUCAAGCCGUUCUGGUCCAAGUUCGUUUACAUUUUUCCAAUGUGGAUGGCUCCUAAUGUAGUUACCCUAUCUGGUUUUGGUUUCAUUAUUCUAAACAUCUUCACUGUACUUUAUUAUGAUCCUACCUUGUCAAAGGAAUCUCCUCGCUGGACCUAUUUCACUUACGCCUUAGGAUUGUUCCUGUACCAGACAUUUGAUGCUUGUGAUGGAACUCAUGCGCGUCGUACUGGUCAAUCGGGUCCUCUUGGUGAAUUAUUUGAUCACUGCAUUGAUUCGUUGAACACUACACUUUCCAUGCUUGUAUUUUGUUCCGCAGCUAGAACUGGUAUGGGAUAUAUGACGAUUUUGGCGCAAUUCGCUUUGCUUUGUAACUUCUAUUUGAGCACAUGGGAAGAAUAUCAUACUCAUAAGCUGUUUUUAAGUGAGUUCUCCGGACCAGUUGAAGGAAUCCUAAUAAUCAUCGGAGCUUUUAUUAUUACUGGGAUAUAUGGCUCAGAAAAAAUAUGGCACACCCUUUUGUUUGAAUUUAGUUGGGGUAGUGAAAACUUGCGAGUAGAAACUAUUCAUGCUCUCUUCGGCUUCUCCGGUAUAGCAGUAUUUUUCAAUAUUCUCUCUGCCAGAAAGAAUGUUGUGGACUACUACACGCAAAACCACUCUCGCAAAGAGGAAUCCGAAAGACAAAUUAUUUUAGCUACCCGUGGCUUGGUCCCAUACUUCAGUUAUUACGCUUCUAUUGCACUCGUCGUAUUGAUUGAACCGCAAAUUAUUUCUUUGCCAUUCAUUUUAACGAUUGGUCUAACAAUGGCAUUUACAGUGGGCAGGAUUAUUAUCUGUCACUUGACCAAACAAUCAUACCCAAUGUUUAAUCCACCCAUGUUGAUCCCAACUGUUCAACUGCUACUCCGCUUUUUCUUCGUGAAUGUUUUAAGUUAUAAAAGACAAGAAGUGAUUCCAGCCCUCAACUGGUUUGGCUUCGGUUUGUCCUUUGGAAUUCACUCAAUGUUCAUCACAGAAGUUAUUUAUGAGUUCACGACCUACCUUGACAUAUAUGCGUUGUCCAUUAAACACCCAAAGACUGCGUGA